AUGACAGCAGCAGAAUUGCAGGAUCCGGAUUCUUCUCCUCAUCUAAAAAUCUGGCUGCUUGUACAGACCAGCUGGGCCACCCCUCUCCUCUUGCAGUUCAGAUUCGCAAUGUCGCAGUCCAACGAUAACCACAGCGUCCACAAGACGCAGUCACCCCCGAUCGAGACGGUCCCUUACGCGUCAGCACCGUACUCCCAAAGGACGGCGGGUCCCGUUGGCGCAUGGGCUGCUCUGCGGCAUCAGUACCUUCGUGAAGCUGCUCUUGAGUUUAUUGGCACUUUCAUGCUUGUAUUUUUUGGCUCUUCGGGAAGCUUGCAAGCAGUGGUAUCCAGCUUCCCUGCUGUGUCCUCAAGCCCGAAAGGAGACAUCGUGACAGGGGUGUUUGGAUGGGCCGCAGGACUCUCGCUGGGUGUUUGGGUGGCGAGUGGCAGUGGUGGUCACAUCAAUCCAGCCGUUACUAUUGCUGUUGCUACGUUCCGUGGCUUCCCUUGGAAGAAAGUCCCCGUGUAUAUUGGCUCUCAAGUUCUGGGUGGUAUCGUUGCCACCUUGAUCUCUUGGGGCAAUUACAUGCAUGCUAUUCACCUUGCUGACCCCGGAAAGACACGUCUCACUGCAUCCUGUUUUGCGAUCUACGCUGGGGACUUCUUGCCUUCGGCCGCUUGUUUCUUCUCCGAGUUCCUUGGUACCUUCCUCUUGGUCUUCGUCAUCCUCGCGGGCCUCGACAAGAAAAACGGUGCCCUUCCAACAGGUCUCCUCCCUCUCAUUCUCUUCAUUCUCUUCAUCGGUAUGGGAAGUGGUCUAGGCAUAAACACUGCAUACGGCCUCAAUCCGGCGCGUGAUUUUGGCCCUCGGAUUGGACUUUCCAUACUUGGUUAUUCCCGAUCCGUCAUUUGGAACUAUCGCUCUCAAUUUUGGAUUUGGUCCGGAAUCAUCUCUCCGAUUUGCGGUGGCGUCGUUGCUGUUGCACUCUACGAUACCUUCAUUUAUACAGGAGACGAUUCGAUCUUGUCGCCAACUGCCCUCUCCGACGCAGAGAUCCCUCUUACAAGGAAUCAUGCUGAGACAGUUUGA